AUGACCAAACGACGGGAAAGAGAACUGAAAGCACUGGGUUAUGAUCUGGUCGUUAUAUGGGAGCACGACUUUGACUAUCAGUUAAAGAAAAAUCCGGCAUUAAGACAAUUCGUCUCAACCUUAGAUAUUCAGGAUAGAUUAGAUCCACGGGACAGUUUUUUCGGUGGACGGACAAAUGCUGUGAAGUUACAUUAUAAAGCCACUGAGAAUGAAACCAUCCAAUAUUACGAUUUCACGAGUCUCUAUCCUUGGACGAAUAAGUAUUGCAAAUACCCCGUCGGUCACCCGACCAUCAUCACGGAGGAUUUUAAAGACUUGUCUGAAUAUUUCGGAGUGGCAAAGGUGACCAUACUACCACCCCGUGGAUUGUACCACGCCUGUCUCCCGUAUUUAUCCAAUCAAAAACUAAAAUUUCCUCUGUGUAAAAAAUGUGCUGACACUGAAAAUCAAAAUGAAUGUCAUUGUUCGAUACAUGAAAGAUGUAUUACGGGUACGUGGUGUACACCAGAAAUCCAAAUGGCAAUUUCAAAGGGAUAUCAAAUCUUAAAAAUAUACGAAGUUUAUCAUUUUGAGCAGUCAUCCCAAUAUGACAGAGUAUCAGGCACGGGGGGUCUCUUUACUCAAUAUGUAAAUACAUUCUUAAAAAUCAAACAAGAGGCCUCGGGCUUUCCUACUGAGUGCAAAUCGGAGGAGGCAAAACUAGAAUACAUUAGAGAAUACCAAGAAAAAGAAGGGAUCAGGUUAGAAUACCAUAAAAUUCAGAAAAACCCCGGUUUGCGGUGUCUAGCCAAAUUGUGUCUAAACAGCUUCUGGGGAAAAUUUGGUCAAAGGUUAAAUAUGAAGCAAUCCAUGUUUAUUCAUGAAAGUGAAGACGAGGUCUUAUUCCGCAUUUUAUCUGAUCCAACAAAAAUCCCGGACAAUUUUCACAUUGUAUCAAAGGACACAGUACAAUUAGAAUGGAAUGAACACCCUCUGUUUACACCCUUUGAUCGAAAAACCAACAUAUUUUUGGCUUCAUUUACCACAAUGUGGGCUCGUCUAAAGUUGUAUAGCGUGUUGAAUGUGUUAGGUGAUAGGGUAUUGUACUUUGAUACGGAUAGUGUCAUUUUCAAAACCCACGAUUCAGAUGACUUGAGUUAUCUCCCUAUCGGAAAUUAUUUGGGUGAAAUGACGAAUGAAAUCGAUCCUAAAGACGGCCACAUUAUCGAAUUUGUAUCCGGAGGCCCCAAAAAUUACGCUUAUCGCACCUUUUCUGGUAAAGAGGAAUGCAAAGUUCGGGGUUUUACUUUGAAUUGGAUGAACUCAAAAUUGAUCAACUUUGAGGCCAUAAAAGACAUCAUUUACACCUUACCAUUUGGAUUUUAA